GUCGCACAAAAAUUCUCUGUAAAGUAACUUGUAGUGUCAUUAUGGAGUCUCCGUCGCUUGUACGGUAUGGUGGGCAGACGGAGGACGAGCCGAAGACAAAGUCCCAUUCGGAACGAACAGAUGAUGGCAGUAAUAUCGUCCCCAGAAUCUUCAAAACAGAAUUCGAUGCCAAAUAUAAGAUAUACGACAUGCGAACGCCGCUGAAUGCCUUCAUGUGUGGGCAGUAUAAGCGCAGCGGUGCAUACAAUACUCUAAGGAAUCGGCUUCCCGUGGUUUUGACGAAUGUGAUAGACACGUUGACAAAGGAUAAGAGCGAAUUGGUUGCGGAAUUCGGGGAGGCCGCCCGCGGGGAACUAAAAGUCAUCAUUGGCCUGAUCUCCAGACUGAAGUACGAGCUUCAAACUGAUAAGCCGUUUCAGGGAUUCGACGGCCAAGAACCCGAUCGCGCACUAUGGAAUAAGUUUCUCAAUCUGCUGCCCGAUGAGGAGCGCACCUUCUUCAGAUCCUGUUGUCUCUAUUCCGAGUGCUAUAUGCACAGAAAACUCUACUCCUUUGUGGAGAACAGCAUCUUCCUAAAGCCGUACGAUUACCAUGUGAAGGUCAAAGAGAAUUCGCUGACGAGCUUCAUAGAUGAUGUACUCUCCCUCACCAAGUACACGCGGCGCACAGACAACAGCCUGGAAAUAUUUGGAGAGCUUCUGAGGAUUAGCUUGUGGAGCAACUACAACGACACGGCCAGAGAUCCAGAGGCACCGCCACUUCCGGCAUUCAAUAUAAACGUGCUGGAAGAUGUCAGCGCCGCAGAUGAAUUCAUUCUCGCCAACCAAGUCGCGGACAUAUGGCAAUGCUUGGACAACCGAAAGCAAAAGAAGCCAUGCCAAGUCGAUUUUGUUCUGGAUAACGCCGGCUAUGAGUUGUUCACCGAUAUCAUCUUGGCCGAGUUUAUGAUUGAGAAGGGACUGGCCACCAAGGUGCUCUUCCAUGUGAAGGCACAUCCUUGGUUCGUAACUGACGUGACGGCGCGAGAUUUCAAAUGGACGCUGGAAUACUUGAGUCAGCAUGCAGAUUACAUCAUAAGCCUAAUUGGCAAAAAGUUUUUGCAGUUCCUGGCCGAGGGAAAGUUUCAAUUAGCUCCAAUCUCACAUUUCUGGACUUGUCCAUAUCCAUAUUACAGAAUGCGCGACACUGAUCCUGAUCUGUACAGCUCCCUGCAGCAGUCCAAGCUAAUCGUUUUCAAAGGCGACCUUAACUAUCGAAAGCUCCUGCAAGACGUUUGCUGGGACUCAACCCAGGAUUUAAACACAUGCCUGCGUGGCUUCCUGCCUAGCAAUAUAUGCGCUGUUCGCAGGGUCAAGGCAGAGGUCAUCUGCGGGCUUCCCGAGGGCGUUAGUGAGACUCUGAGCAAAAAGGAUCCCCACUGGAUGAUCUCCGGCAAUUAUGGCGUCAUCCAGUUCGUAGAUGGAUCUCGAGAAUUUGGCUAUUAGAGCGGAAAAUAUACCAAAGGCUUUACAGUUUAAAUUAUUUAAAAAAAUUAUUCACAAAUAUACAUAUAUCUCUUUGAA